AUGGCCGCCGACGCGACGCCGCCGCGUCAUCGCGCGCCGCCGCCGCCGCCACUCUCCUUCCCUUCCCGAGGCACGACGGGAAAGGAGGCGCGCGCGAGAGCCCGCCUGAGAGGAGAAGGGGAGGAGGCGACGGCGGCCGCCGAGGCGACGCGAGCGCGCAGUCCUCGUUCGCGUCCGGCGGGCGUCGAGCUUCGGGACGCGAUGUCGAACGCGGGGACGCGCAGGACCGGCUCGAGUAUCAAAGUCCGCCUCACAGUACUUUGUGCCAAGAACCUUGCAAAAAAAGAUUUCUUCAGGCUUCCUGACCCGUUCGCAAAGGUGGUGGUCGAUGGAUCGGGCCAGUGCCACUCGACUGACACCGUGAAGAACACGUUAGAUCCCAAGUGGAACCAGCAUUAUGACUUAUACAUCGGGAAGUCAGAUUCGAUCACCAUCAGUGUCUGGAACCACAAGAAAAUACACAAGAAACAGGGAGGUGGCUUCCUGGGGUGCGUCCGGCUCCUUUCCAACGCCAUCAGCAGGCUAAAAGAUACUGGAUACCAGCGUUUGGAUCUAUGCAAACUAAACCCCACAGAUACUGAUGCGGUUCGAGGCCAGAUAGUAGUCAGCUUGCAGACGCGGGACAGGAUAGGCACAGGAGGGUCUGUCGUCGAUUGCAGGGGGCUGUUGGAGAAUGAAGGAACGGUUUAUGAAGACUCAGGACCCGGAAGGCCGCUGAGCUGCUACAUGGAAGAGCCAGCGCCGUAUACGGACAGCACGGGGGCUGCCGGGGGAGGGAACUGUCGGUUUGUGGAGUCUCCUAGCCAGGACCAGACAUCGCAGGCCCAGCGGUUGCGGGCUCCUGACGUGAGAGGCCACGUACAGACUCCCCAGAACCGGCCGCAUGGCCAUCAGUCACCAUCUCCUGACCUGCCCGAAGGCUACGAACAAAGAACAACUGUACAGGGACAGGUUUAUUUUUUGCAUACACAAACUGGCGUUAGCACAUGGCAUGACCCCAGGAUACCAAGGGACCUUAACAGUGUGAAUUGUGAUGAACUUGGACCUCUGCCGCCAGGCUGGGAAGUUAGAAGCACGGUGUCCGGAAGAAUAUAUUUUGUAGAUCAUAAUAACAGAACCACCCAGUUCACGGACCCAAGAUUGCAUCAUAUUAUGAACCACCAAUGCCAGUUGAAAGAACCCAACCAGCCUUUGUCAGUGCAGAACGAGGGGUCGUUGGAAGACAGUGAAGAGCUGCCGGCGCAGAGAUACGAGCGGGACCUGGUGCAAAAACUUAAGAUCCUUCGGCACGAGCUCUCCCUCCAGCAGCCCCAGGCUGGUCACUGCCGCAUCGAAGUGUCGAGGGAAGAAAUAUUUGAGGAAUCCUACCGUCAGAUAAUGAAGAUGCGGCCAAAAGACCUGAAGAAGAGGCUGAUGGUGAAGUUCCGAGGCGAGGAGGGUUUGGAUUACGGUGGCGUGGCCAGGGAAUGGCUGUACCUGCUGUGCCAUGAAAUGUUGAACCCCUAUUAUGGACUCUUCCAGUACUCCACUGAUAACAUUUACAUGCUGCAAAUAAAUCCGGACUCCUCUAUCAAUCCCGACCAUCUGUCUUACUUCCACUUUGUUGGUCGGAUAAUGGGCCUGGCCGUCUUCCAUGGGCACUACAUCAACGGGGGCUUCACGGUCCCUUUCUACAAGCAGCUGCUGGGCAAGCCCAUCCAGCUGUCCGAUCUGGAAUCCGUUGACCCGGAGCUGCACAAGAGCCUUGUUUGGAUUUUAGAGAACGACAUCACUCCCGUUCUGGACCACACCUUCUGCGUGGAGCACAAUGCCUUCGGCAGGAUCCUGCAGCAUGAGCUCAAGCCGAACGGCAGGAACGUCCCUGUCACAGAGGAGAACAAGAAAGAAUAUGUCAGGCUGUACGUUAAUUGGCGGUUCAUGAGAGGAAUCGAGGCCCAGUUCUUGGCUCUCCAGAAGGGUUUUAACGAGCUCAUCCCUCAGCACCUCCUGAAGCCUUUCGACCAGAAGGAACUCGAGCUCAUCAUAGGAGGCCUGGACAAGAUUGAUUUGAGCGACUGGAAGUCCAACACACGCUUGAAGCACUGCACGGGGGACAGCAGCAUCGUCAAGUGGUUCUGGCAGGCGGUGGAAGCCUUCGACGAGGAGAGAAGGGCGCGGCUGCUGCAGUUCGUGACGGGCUCCACCCGGGUUCCGCUUCAGGGCUUCAAGGCUCUGCAAGGCGCGGCAGGACCCAGGCUCUUCACCAUCCACUUGAUAGAUGCCAACACCGACAACCUUCCAAAAGCUCAUACUUGCUUUAACCGAAUCGACAUCCCGCCUUACGAGUCCUAUGAGAAGCUAUACGAGAAGCUCCUGACUGCCGUGGAAGAGACGUGUGGGUUUGCAGUGGAGUGAGCGGGCAACCAAAGGAAAACAGAUUCUAGCUCAUGGACCACCAAACCAAAAGCUUGUAAGAAGAAGCUUGCUGUGAACUUCCGUUGUCCAAAGCAUUGGGACGCUAAAAGUAC